AAGAAUUAUGUUUGACAAAUGACAAUAAAUUCACAGUAUUCAGCGAAAUAUUUUCGUUUAAAUUUAUUUAUUUAGAUUCGUGAAGAAUCUAUAUCAAUCAAAAUGUCUGUAUAUCAGUUCCUAAGACGCGCCGUUAAAUAACUAAAGAACAUCUUGGAUGGGGAACAUACCAUCUCAGGGGCAAGGAGGGUACGGUCAAGGUCAACCCGGCUACGGGCCGCAGCAGGGCCCAUUCGGUGGCGGCCCCUACCAACAGGGGUAUGGACAGCAACAACAGGGUGAAGCUAGUCGAGGAAGAUGGUUACUGGAUAGAAUAAGACGACAUCUCAGAGGUCAAGGUCAACCGAGUACCGUUAUUCAAGGUCAACCGAGUACCGUUAUACAAGGUCAACCGAGUAUCGUUAUUCAAUGUCAACCUGAUACUGCUAUUCAAGAUCAACCUGAUACCGCUAUUCAAGAUCAACCUGAUACCGCUAUUCAAUGUCAACCUGAUACCGCUAUUCAAGAUCAACCUGAUACCGCUGUUCAAGAUCAACCUAGUGCAGUUAUUCAAGGUCAACCUGAUACCACUAUUCAAGAUCAACCUAGUACAGCUAUUCAAGGUCAACCUAGUACCGUUAUUCAAGGUCAACCUGAUACCACUAUUCAAGAUCAACCUAGUACCGCUAUUCAAGGUCAACUUAGUACCGCUAUUCAAUGUCAACCUGAUACCGCUAUUCAAGAUCAACCGAGUACCGCUAUUCAAGAUCAACCGAGUAUCGUUAUUCAAGGUCAAACAAGUAAUGCAUCGCAAAGUCAUAGCAGAAGCAUAAUACAAUCUCAAAGAAGUAAGAUUCCUCAAGAUCAAAAACUUGCCAUACCUCAAGGUCAAAGUUAUACCAUCACAACUCGACAAGGAAAUGAUUUUUGUCACCCACAGCACGAUGGUGGUAACGAUAUUCAAGUUCAAACAAGUAAUGCAUUACAAAGUUGCAGUUGCAGCAGCAUAGUACAACCUCAAAGAGGUAACAUUCCUCAAGGUCAAAGACUUGCCGUACCUUUAGGUUGCAGUUAUACCAUCACAACUCGACAAAGAAAUGACUUUUGUCACACACAGCACGAUGCUUGCACUGAUAUUCAAGGUCAAAGACUUGCCUUACCUCAAGGUCGCAGUUAUACUAUCAUACCUCGACAUAGAAAUGAGUUUUGUCACACACAGCCAGGUGGUUGUACCGUUAUUCAAGGUCAAACAAGUAAUACAUCGCAAAGUUAUAACAGAAGCCUAAUACAAUCUCAAAUAAGUAACAAUAAUAUUCUUCAAAGUCAAAGACUUGCCUUACCGCGAGGUCUCAGUUAUACUAUCGCAACUCGUCAAAGAAAUGACUUCUCUCACACACAGCACGAUAAUUCCACACUUAAUCGUAAGGGUUCCCGAAAAGUUCAAAAGAGUUCUCCAUCUCAAGGUCAACAAUACACCCAAGGUCAAAACUUAAGGAAUACCGUCUUAAAAGACCCAAAAAGUGUACUGCCAAAACUACGUGCAGGUCCCCGAAACAAUCAAGCAAGUACCCUAACCCAAGGUCGAAAAGAUGACCUUAGAGAUCUCAGAUUUACCAUAACGCGAGGACAAAGGGCGUCGCAAACUGGAGUUUACGGGACCGUCACAACUGUUGCCUAUGGUAAACAUACGUACCCAGGACAGUCUGUUCAAGAAAAUCCUUCUUACCCCCACGGAAACCAGCCUUACCCUCAAGAGACUCAGAAUUACCCACAAGGCGGGCCUUACCCGCAAGGUGGGCAGUAUCCCCAGGGGAAUCCACAGUACGGCUAUCCUCAACAGGGAGGGUAUCCACAACAAGGGGGAUAUCCACAGCAAGGAGGAUAUCCACAACAGGGAGGAUAUCCGCAACAGGGCUAUCCACAACAGGGCUAUCCACAACAGGGAUAUCAACAACAACAUAACUAUCCACAACAGGGGUAUGGGCAGCAGGGAUAUGGACAGCAAGGAUAUGGCCAGCAAGGAUAUGGACAAGGUCAACCGGGAGGGAUGCAAGGCGUUGCCCAGAAAGCUGGUUGCGCAGCCUGCAUCGCAUGCCUGACGUGCCUCCUAUGUUCUUGCUGCCAAGGCAUGCUAGGAGCUGGCAUGGAUCCUGAGCACCAGGGCGAGGAGGGGGGAGGAUAUGAUCAAGGUGGAACCAACGUCUCACCUCCGCAAACGUCAGGCAUGGACGAUUAUUAGAUGACAUUGACAGUGACAGUUUGAAGGUAGUGUUGCAAAAAUAAGAACUGAAUAUCAAUUUGGUAGGAAAUGUAUCUAGAAAUAGUGUGGUAAUGAGGUAACUUUAUAAACUAAUGGAUUCAAGGUAACUGGUUAAAUCUGACUCCCAAACACAGUCUGAAAGCUGUAUUUAAUAGUUUAAUUUACUGUCUCAGAUAACUUGUUCAUCCCAAAUACUGGCAACAAGAUGUAUUGAAGUAUGUACUCAGUGUAGUUACAAUAAUAAAAACAUUUAUUUUUAUAAAGCCAUCUACGAUCUCUGGCAACUUCUAUCGGCACCUUACAUAUUUUUUGAUAAUUAUCUAACAUCUUUCAUCUGAUUACUUCUACAUUUCUUUGUCAGUUAUUGACCUAUGGCACUCUGCCUGCCUAGCGUUUUCCCAACUAUGUUGGGGUUGGCUUCCAGUCUAACCAGAUGCAGCUGAGUACCAGUGCUUUACAAGCUCCUCAGCCCAAUGACCUGGGCAACCCAAAACCCCAUGACAACAAGUCAUAUAAGCCUUGUAUUGGUCUUUAUUUUACUUUCAACGUCGAUGUUAACAUAAUAAUGAUGAUAUUUUUUUACGAAUGAAACUUUUUAUCUUUUUUUUAUUUCAAAAAUUAUCAGAGUAUUAACCUACCUUUAGUAGAUUUAUAUUUAAUGUUGGCAGCACUAGCAUUUCCGUAGAACCUUUUGUUUUUGAAGGGGUUUUUAAUUUUGCCUUUUUUUACUUUGCCUUUCCUGACUCAUAUUAAUAUUUAUUGACGUUAAUUUAUAUAAAGUUAAAAGUGAUCUUAAUCUUGAUUUUACUAGACCAGGAAGUGGUUUCACCGUUAUUUUACUCACUUAUAUCCCUAACCGUUUAACUAUCAAUAUUUUCUCACUCAAAAUAAUAAUUAGCAGUAACCUGCUUGUAAACACGUUUGAGAAAAUAAAAUAACUUGUGACGGCUUCGUUUUCUUGCAUUUAGGGAUUAACACGUUUUACUUUAUUCAAAAAUAAUAUUAUAAUGUUAUUGUAUUAAAGUGUAUCUAUAUCCCUCGAUGCGCUAUUCAAAUAUAUUGGUGAAAUCACUUUGAAGAUCGGUUUAACCCUUGGCACCACUCGUUACUUCAAGCCACACAUAUACACUCGUGGGGGAGCUAGGUCCCCUAUGAAUUCGGUAUUUAUUUAAUUGAGAAUUAAUAAUUUUAACGAAGUUUUUUUAUAUAAAAUAAAUAAAACACUUAAUAAAAAUUUAAUAAAUAUAUAUUUUUAUUGAAACUUAAAACAUAAAUUUCACUUUUCUGAUAUUUUAACGAAAUUAGUGCUUCUUUGGCUACAAAUUUUAAGGACUAAGUUUGGAAACAAAAAUAAAAAUGGAAAAAUAUACUUUUACACUAAAUGUGUCUUUUUUCCUUUCAGAAAUAUAACUAAGAAGUAAAAUAAAAUAUAACAUUUUCAACAUUUUGAAUUUCAUGCAAAAUCACAACAAGUAUUGUUUCUUAUCAAUCUACAACAGUUUUUAGGAACAUUUUCAGUCUUCUAAGAAAAUAUACGGCGGUGUUUUCCCCCACUUCCAUCUGCUUUUGCCGUAAAUAGCAUUAGAGCUGUUGUCAGUCUGUUGAUCUACAUUAUUCUCGUCUUCAGAAUCAUUGCCAAGUUCUUCUUCGCUCUCCGUGUCAUGAUCACUAGCUUCUUCCUCCAUAUCACUCAAAUCCAGUAUUUCUUCCGGAAAAAAAUGUCCUCAUUUCUAUCUUCAUCCAACUCUGUAUCAUUUAACAGAUUUUGUAUCUGUUGUGGAGUAAAAUUUUUAUCCAUUGCGAUAAAAAAAAUAAAGAACACGAUAAAAUAAUAAAAAAAAAUAGUAACGUAACUACACUCGUGGGGGACCUAUGUCCCGUUGUAACACGUACCUCGCAAACCAAAAGUGUUAGCCCGAUGCACUUCCGCACCCUGCGACCUCUCGGGCAGUACCGAGAAUACAAGGAGCCGCGACCGCGUAAAGUUUACAAUAAAAAAUAUAUUUACAAAAAAGUGCUUGAUGGGGGACCCUGCUCCCCCACGUAUGGUGUUAAGGGUUAAAUAAUUUAUAUACUCUACUGACUAUUACUAAUUUUUAGACUUUAUUGACAAUUUUUAAGAAAUACCAGUCCUUUGAAUUUAAAUCUUUUGUAAAAUAUCUUAAAAUCAUUAGAUCUCCAUGGGUAUUAUUGUUAUUCACAGACUUCCCAAAAGGAGGAGGUUAUGAAUUCUGUUAUAUUUAUUUUCACGCUUAUUACCAAACCAAAGCGGUGAUAUUUAUUUGUUUAUUAUAUGUUUACAUUAUUUCUGGCAGAACUGAAAAUUCUCAGAGCAAGAGUGUUCUCAAGGGUGAUUAUGUGUUGCACAUUAAAUAUAAAAAUCUAUAUUAUUUUCUACACUUUAAAUUAUUUUUAUCAUAUAAUUCUGUUAACAUCGAUUGUUGAGAAAAGGUUUUCUUAUUUACCAUUACAACGUUUAUAUACCUACUUUUUUUACUGUCAAUAGUUUACUUACUUUAAUAUUGUUAUUUCAAGCCAUUAUAAUGUACUUUUUCAAUCAAUAUUAUUCGUCUUACAUGAUAACUUCAUAAUAUGUAUUGUAUUUUUUUACAUUAUAAUAAUAUUGGGUCAGCUUUAACAUACGGUUGGAUAGCCCCAAAGUAAACGCUUGAUUAUCUCGUGUAUUGGGUGCUAAGCAACAGAUGAACCACAUACAUUUCUUACAUGUAUACCUAGUAAUAUACACUAUAUUUAUACAUAUAUAACUCAAAUUCAAAAACGUUUAUUCAAACGUUUAUCACCACUUCCUAUGUGAUUUUGCUGAGAUGAAGUGGCGCAACAAACUCCCCAGCAAUAAAAUACAUAUAAUAACACCCAGAUCAUAGCCAACAUGCUCCUAAAAUGUUGAUCGUACCGGGAAUCAAACCUUCUAUUCGGCAGUCCGGCACGGUCAUCAUUACGCUAAAUAGGUCAUCCAGAAGUUUAAUCUAAACAUUGCUGAUUCAGAGCAUAUGGUUAGCCACAAACCACUCCCCCCGAAUUAUGUAUAAUCAGUCACAUCAAUUUUAACAACUUCACUAAUUUUGCAACUAACGGUCAAAACUGUCCUGUAUGCUUGUCACUUAGCAUCCAUGUUGAAAGCCUGCUGUCCAAUUUGUUAGCUUUGCCAAUUCCAUACAACCAACCCUUGGUUUCUGCUUUAUUUAUUAAGCGAAGUAUUCCUCAUGCCGUAAUGGUAAACAUAGUCCUCCCCUAAGGUUCGCCGCGUUGCUCGGUCUUCAGCAACCCGCAUCCACUUCUUCCCGGCGAUCCCUUUAUUUUUUGAGGAUCUAUUUAAAGUGAUCAUUAACACCUCUUUUUCCCGCAACAUUUUUUAGAGUCCACACCUCAUAAUAAAUGGAAUAAAAAAGGUUGUAUCACUAGCGACCGUUAAGACUACUUUUUCAUAAGAUGAUUAAAUGGGUAACUGACAUUUCUAUAUGGGAACAACAAGGGAAAAAUCUUGGGCCUAUUCCUGUAUUACGAGGUGUUUAAUUUAGAUAUAUAUUGCGGGAUUGAAUUUAUUUGUACGGUUGAUUAUUCAUUCGUCUUUUAUCCAAACACAAGCUUUCAACAGCGGUUUUACCGCGUCCCAAAGGAACUAUAUCCCUUUCCCAGAUUGAGAUAAGUCAUCCUGAGUCCGUCUCCUGGUUCCAAGCUUCCUUGAGUUGUGAACUAACACAACUGUAUAUUAUACAGAUUCAUGCAAGUUGUAUUUUUUUAUAACAACUAUUUUAUACUGAAAAAGUCAGCUAACAUGCCCCCUGAUUUCCUAUUUUACUCUAUACAUAUUUAUACUAAAACAAGCAUUUACGAAAGAAACUACGACUAAUACCUCACAAAAUGAACAAUUUAGAGUUUGACAAAUGUUUACCAAUUUUACCUAUUUCAUUUAGGUGCAGGCAAGAUUUUUUAUUAUAUUUCCAAAAGAAGCAAUGCUCUGCUACUUAAAAAAGCAAGUAACAACUCUUGCUUCUUUCUUAAAAUUAAAAAGUUUGUCUGAACUCGUUGUUAUCCGAUGAUACUUUUGUUAUAAACUUGCAAUAAUAUAAGUUAUUAAAUCAAUAAAAUACUACCUAUUCAAUAAGCAAUUUUUCAUAAAAAUAAACUUGUUAAACAUU